AUGGGACAACGAUUACCGCAUCACCUCAACUGCAGCAUCGGAGACGCAUACUUAUCUUUGUCUCAAUUUGAUGAAACUGAUAUAACAGACAAAAAAGCUCGGAAUUUGCAGGAUGCUUCUUACAGUUCCAUAAAUGCUUUAAUAGAAGGUGUUAAGUACUCUGAAUCUGAUGAUUUUGGAAUGAAUCUUCUUACUAGUGCAACCACGCCAAAUGAUGUAAAUAGCUCCAGUAAAAUCGUGCUCGCCAGAACAACAAAAAUUGUUGCUGCUGUUUCUGCACUUAUUGUUGUCGGAAGAACCGGUCGAUUCUUGAAGAAAGAUGCAACUACACUCACUCAGGCUGGUUAUGUUGGAGAAGAUGUGGAGUCCAUAUUAUACAAGCUCCUCAUGGCUGCAGAUUAUAACGUGGCAGCUGCUCAGCAAGGCAUUGUUUACAUUGAUGAAGUUGACAAGAUUACCAAAAAGUCUGAGAGCCUUAAUAUCAGUAGAGAUGUCUCCGGUGAAGGUGUUCAGCAGGCAUUACUGAAAAUGCUUGAGGGAACGAUUGUCAAUGUUCUUGAAAAGGGAGCUCGAAAGCAUCCGAGAGGUGACAAUAUUCAGAUUGACACAAAGAAUAUACUUUUCAUCUGCGGAGGAGCCUUCAUUGACUUAGAGAAAACAAUUUCAGACAGGCGCCAAGACUCUUCAGUUGGAUUUGGAGCACCCGUACGUACAAAGAUGAAAGCCGGAAGUAUCACCGAGGCGGCUGUUGCAUCAUCCUUAUUAGGAACUAUUGAAGAACAAUUCAGAGACAGUGGAGAUUUCUGGCGGAGAUCAAGAAGCAGAAACAAAACACCCUUCAUCGGGCUGAUAAAGCCAAGGAGAUUCGAACAAAGGCACCUAAUGCAAAUGAGGACCUAUUACCGGUACCUAAAACAGAAACAGAAAAAACGGUAACAGAACGGAACCGUU